AUGUCGUCCCAAGUGAUCGAUGACGCCAAGCAGGACUUUGCUGCCCACGAUGAGCUUCAAGUGCCAACUAUGGACCCAGCGCGUCGAGCUGAGGUUGAGAAGAGCCUCAAGCGCAAACUUGAUGCACGAUGCAGUCUGUUCGUGCUAAUUUACAUCAUGAACUAUCUCGACCGAAACAACAUUGCUGCCGCCCGUCUCAAGGGCUUGGAGGCCGACCUCAACCUCAACGGGACACAAUACGCCACGUGCUUGAGUAUCCUUUACGUGGGCUACAUUCUCAUGCAGGUCCCCUCCAACAUGUUCAUCAACCGUAUCGAGCGGCCCAGUGUGUACAUUGCCUGCUCCAUGCUCCUGUGGGGAGUCAUUUCCACUCUCACGGGCUGUGUGAACAACUUCGGAGGGAUGGUCGCUACCCGGUUUUUGCUCGGUUUCGUCGAGGCUGCUUUCCUGCCAGGUGCUCUCCUCAUCCUGUCCAAGUGGUACACGCGUCGAGAACUCACGACAAGAAAUGCCAUUCUUUUCUGCGGUAACCUCAUCUCAAAUGCCUUCUCAGCCCUUAUCGGCGCUGGAGUGCUGUCCAAUAUGCAGGGUGUGUUGGGGCAUGCUGCCUGGCGCUGGCUGUUCUGGAUCGAGGGAGCCAUCACCAUGACUGUGGCCAUCUCUGCCGCCUUUAUCCUUCCUGAUCUCCCCACCAACUCGCGUGGCUUCACGGAGGAUGAGCGAAGAGUAGCACAGCUCCGAAUGAUGGAGGACGUCGGUGAGGCAGACACAGACUCUGCAGAGCAGGGUAUGUUCGACGGUCUGAUUAUGGCUGUCAAGGAUGUCAAGAUCUAUGUCAUGAUGUUCACUUUCACUGCCUACGUCGUCGGCCUCUCUUUCAACGCCUUCUUCCCAACCCUUACCAACACUCUCGGCUUUGGCUAUGUUCCAACUCUGCUCAUGAGCUCCCCGCCCUGGGUGUUCUCGUGCAUUGUUUCAGUCAUCGUCUCAUGGCACUCUGAUCGCACACAGGAAAAGUUCUGGCACAUCACCUGUCCCAUCCUUGGUGGAAUCGUCGGCUUCGUCAUCAGCAUGUCCACCCUGAACGUCGCCGCUCGCUACGUCGCACUCUUCCUCCAGGCAUCAUCAUACGCAGGCUUUAUCGUGUUUUACUCCUGGAUCAGCUCUUCCUUCCCUCGCCCUCCCGCCAAACGUGCCGUCGCUAUCGCGAUGAUCAACGCGUUCAGCCAGCUUGGCAAUAUUGCCGGAUCGUACGUCUGGGGCUUGAGCGACAACGGCUUCAGGAAGAGCUACGGAAUCGUACUGUCCAUGUUUGGAGUUACGAUUGUGGGCUGCUUUGCGUUCCGAUGCAUCCUUGUCCGGCUCAACAAGAAGCUGGAGGAAGGCGAGCAGGCGUGGGAGACGAGGCCGGAUGUGGCUGAGCAGACUGCCGCUGUCGAGAUCAUGGAGAAUGAUGAUGAGGCUUUGCGUGUGCGGAGGGGAUUCCGAUACCUUGUCUAG